GGAAGCGGAGGCUGGGGAUCUGUAGGCCGGCCGGCGGUGGCGGCGGCAAGGCCGGACUCGGGCUGAGGGCCUGCUGUGGCGGCGGCGGCGGACGCUAAGCUCAGCAGCCGGUAUCAGGCACAUUCCUUUCCCUGGCUGGAGGGUUGUAGCGUCGCGGGGCCCAGGCGUUUCUCUGGAAACCCCCCUGGUAAGUGUGGAGGAGGCGGGACACUCUGACCCAAGACAAAAGGCUUGUAGCUCCAGCCAAAGAAAAUAAACCUUAGGAGGGAGAAAGAAAAAAAAAAUCCAUCAGCUGUUCCUGAGAACAGCCUGCAGUGGAAUCUACAGAGAGGACAACUAAUGUGAGUGAGGAAGUGACUGUAUGUGGACUGUGGAGACAGUAAGUCACGUGGGCCCUGAGGGCCUGAACUGGGCUAGGAACAGUUGUACUUGCAGAAGUGAGGUGUCGAAAAGGGAAAAGUGAAUGUGGUCUGGAGUGUGGCCUUGGCUCCACGGGGUGUGCUUUCCUCCAAGGCCAUCAGGGAGCUCAGACCCUGUGUUCAGCCCGGGUGGGGUCCGGGGUUUGGCACUGAGGAGGGUAACUUGCUGGCUGGAGCAGCAGAGCAGUGGCCUUGAUUUGUCUUUUGGAAGAUUUAAAAACCAAAAAGCAUAAACAUUCUGGUCCUUCAGCAAUGCUUUCUUUGAAGAAAUACUUAACGGAAGGACUCCUCCAGUUCACCAUUCUGCUGAGUUUGAUUGGGGUGCGGGUGGACGUGGAUACUUACCUGACCUCACAGCUCCCCCCGCUCCGGGAGAUCAUCCUGGGGCCCAGUUCUGCCUAUACUCAGACCCAGUUCCACAACCUGAGGAAUACCUUGGAUGGCUAUGGUAUCCACCCCAAGAGCAUAGACCUGGACAAUUACUUCACUGCCCGGCGACUUCUCAGUCAGGUGCGGGCCCUGGACAGGUUCCAGGUGCCAACCACUGAGGUAAACGCCUGGCUGGUCCACCGGGAUCCGGAGGGGUCUGUCUCUGGCAGCCAGCCCAGCUCAGGCCUGGCCCUCGAGAGUUCCAGUGGCCUCCAGGAUGUGACAGGCCCAGACAACGGGGUGCGAGAAAGCGAAACGGAGCAGGGAUUCAGUGAAGAUUUGGAGGAUUUGGGGGCUGUAGCCCCUCCAGUCAGUGGAGACUUAACCAAAGAGGACAUAGAUCUGAUUGACAUCCUUUGGAGACAGGAUAUUGACCUGGGGGCUGGGCGUGAGAUUUUUGAUUACAGUCAUCGCCAGAAGGAACAGGAUGUGGAUAAGGAGCUGCGAGAUGGAGCGGAGCAGGAGGACACCUGGCCAGGCGAGGGUGCAGAAGCUCUGGCUCGAAACCUGCUAGUGGAUGGAGAAACUGGGGAGAGCUUCCCUGCACAGUUUCCAGCAGACGUUUCCAGCAUAACAGAAGCAGUGCCUAGUGAGAGUGAACCCCCAGGUCUUCAGAACAACCUCUUGUCUCCUCUCCUGACCGGGACAGAGUCACCAUUUGAUUUGGAACAGCAGUGGCAAGAUCUCAUGUCCAUCAUGGAAAUGCAGGCCAUGGAAGUGAAUACAUCCACGAGCGAGAUCCUGUACAGUGGCCCUCCUGGAGACCCAUUGAGCACCAACUACAGCCUUGCCCCCAACACGCCCAUCAAUCAGAACGUCAGCCUGCAUCAGGCAUCCCUGGGUGGCUGCAGCCAGGACUUCUCCCUCUUCAGCCCCGAGGUGGAGAGCCUGCCUAUGGCCGGCAGCUCCUCGCUGCUCCCACUGGUCCCCAGCAAUUCGACCAGCCUCAACUCUACCUUCAGUUCCACCAACCUAGCCGGGCUUUUCUUUCCACCCCAGCUCAAUGGCACAGUCAAUGACACAGCAGGCCCUGAGUUACCUGACCCCUUGGGGGGUCUUUUAGACGAAGCCAUGCUCGAUGAGAUCAGCCUGAUGGACCUGGCCAUUGAAGAAGGCUUCAACCCUGUGCAGGCCUCCCAGCUCGAAGAGGAGUUCGACUCUGACUCCGGCCUCUCCUUGGACUCCAGCCAUAGUCCUUCCUCCCUGAGCAGCUCUGAGGGCAGCUCUUCCUCCUCCUCUUCCUCUUCCUCCUCCUCUGCUUCUUCCUCAGCUUCUUCCUCCUUUUCAGAGGAAGGUGCCGUUGGCUACAGCUCUGACUCCGAGACUCUGGAUCUGGAAGACACUGAGGGUGCUGUGGGCUACCAGCCCGAGUACUCCAAGCUCUGCCGCAUGAGCUACCAGGAUCUCUCCCAGUUCUCCUGCCUGCCCUACUUGGAGCAUGUGGGCCACAACCACACGUACAACAUGGCGCCCAGUGCCCUUGACUCUGCCGAUUUGCCACCACCCAGCACCCUCAAGAAAGGCAGCAAGGAGAAGCAGGCCGACUUCCUGGAUAAGCAGAUGAGCCGGGAUGAGCAUCGAGCUCGAGCCAUGAAGAUCCCCUUCACCAAUGACAAAAUCAUCAACUUGCCCGUGGAGGAGUUCAACGAGCUGUUAUCCAAAUACCAGCUGAGCGAGGCCCAGCUGAGCCUCAUCCGCGACAUCCGGCGCCGGGGCAAGAACAAAAUGGCCGCACAGAACUGCCGCAAGCGCAAGCUGGACACCAUCCUGAACCUGGAGCGGGACGUGGAGGACCUGCAGCGAGACAAGGCCCGGCUGCUGCGCGAGAAGGUGGAGUUCCUGCGGUCCCUGCGGCAGAUGAAGCAGAAGGUCCAGAGCCUGUACCAGGAGGUGUUCGGGCGCCUGCGGGAUGAGAACGGGCGGCCCUACUCGCCCAGUCAGUACGCGCUCCAGUACGCCGGGGAUGGCAGCGUCCUCCUCAUUCCCCGCACCCUGGCCGACCAGCAGGCCCGGCGGCAGGAGAGGAAGCCCAAGGACAGGAGAAAGUGAGCCUGGGGAGCAAGGGGGGUUGAUGCUCACCAAGUUGGAAACUGGAGAAGGGCUGGGCCUGGACCUGGACCUACCGCGGGGACUCUAAUGCCUUCUUAUCCAAUAGAUCUUCUCAGAGGGGCUGACCACAGGCAGUGGACAGGAGGCGGGCGCAGGCGCUCUGGCUCAGCUUCCCCACGGGGGGUGGUGGAAGUGGCCAGAAUGUUUGGGUGGACAGGGUCCUCAUCCCUGCCCCUUUCUGUUGAGGGAAGGGGUGGCGUUGGCAUUGCUGGAGACCGACAGGGGAAAGAAGGGACCUGGAGAAGAGAGGAAAGUAGUGGAAAGUCUCAUUCCUGGACGGAAGGGAAAAAAACCCCAAAAAAUCAAAGCGGGAAGAAAAUCCAAGGCCAGGGCUCCAGGCAGCAGGUUUGAGGUGGGACUAGGUAGUGGUGUGAGUAGACCCCACUUCACCCGGGGAGGGCUGGUGCGCAGGCAGGGCAGGGCUGGGAGAGGCUUCGUCAGCUUGCUGCUCCCUGCACCUCGGCACCCUGGAGGGGCGCUCCUGGGCCGACUGCAAUGUAGGGGAGCAGCUGGGCUUGGGGGUUCAGGGUCACUGGAUAAGGUGGACGGGAGCGGUCACGAGGCCCUGUGUUGCCACAGCCCCACCACCAAGCAUGUCACUCUCUUCCCUGCCACUCCGUCCCCCACUGUGCCCAGUUACCCUGAGCUGAGGCGUCUCCUACCAGCGCCUGCAUGCAACCGCUGUUCUCCGCCCUUGCCCCUCAGCCCUGCCAGGGCAGGGGCAGGGGGAAGCCAGGCAGUACUCAGCACAGCACCCGGAGCGGCCCUUCCCGCAGGCCUCCCCUACCAACAACUGGGCUUGUCACUGGAAAACAAAACUACAAAACCCAGCAACAAAAAAAUUAGUCCUCUUAGACUUUCUUGCGCUUUGAUUUUUUAGGGCUUGAGCCCUGUUUCACUUAUAGGGAAUAGAAUGCUUGUGUUGAGUAAAAAGGAGAAACCCCAAUAUUCAAAGCUGCUAAAUGUUCUCUUUGCCAUAAAGACUCCGUGUAACUGUGUGAACACUUGGGAUUUUCUCCUCUGUCCUGAGGUCUCCGUCUGCUUUCUUAUUUUGGGGGUUGGGGGUUUCUUUCUAGAAUGAGCGGUGCAUGUAACGGGAAUGAGCGCACACCCUCCCUCCACGCAGGCGCUCAUAGCCCGGCUUAGCCAGGGCUCCUGGAGGGCUGCCCAGGGCGGCGGAGGGCGCUCCAGGGAGCCCAGACCCGCCGGCCCUUUAGAGCUGCCACUGCUGCCUCCACCUGCCGGCGGGCAUGGGCUGCCCCAGGCAGGCAGGAGUCUGGGAGGACGCUGAUCGCUGAUCGGCCUUCAGCCGGGGGGCACUGAGCAGUAGGAAGAGAAGGCACAAGCCUGGGAAGUGCUUUUAUAAAUUAUUUUCCUUGUAGAUUUUAUUUUUAAUUUAUCUCUGUGACCUGCCAGGGAGAGGGAGAGUGAGCGAGCGAGCGAGAGAUGCUGUGAGCACAUGACAAAAUAAAAUACAAUGGAUGAUCCUUU